AAGCUGUGUUGAAUCCGAAGUGCGGGAGACCCAGCCAUGGGUCCGGCCCCUGCCGGCGAGCAUCGCGGAGGUCCUGGAGAGCCGGCGGCCGUGGAAUCAGUCCCGGAAGACACAGGCAGGGAGGGCAGGAAGGCGAGGAAGACAUCCUCCAAGAAGCGGCCGGCAGCUGGCUCUCCCACCAGUGGACUCCUGCAGCCUGUGAAGCUCAGCAGGGCAGAACUGUAUAAGGAGCCCACCAAUGAGGAGCUGAAUCGUCUCCGAGAGACCGAGAGUCUGUUCCAUUCCAGCUUGCUUCGCUUACAGGUAGAGGAGCUAUUAAAGGAAGUGAGAGUGUCGGAGAAGAAGAAGGAUCGGAUCGAUGCCUUCCUAAGGGAGAUUAACCAGAGGCUCAUGAAGGUGCCCUCAGUCCCCGAGACAGAGCUCACUGACCAGUCCUGGCUCCCGGCUGGGGUUCGAGUUCCUGUUCACCAAGUACCCUACACCGUGAAAGGCUGUUUCCGCUUCCUGCCCCCUGCCCACGUCACUGUUGUGGGCAGCUACCUCCUAGGCACAUGCAUCCGGCCAGACAUCAAUGUGGACAUGACACUGACCAUGCCCAGGGAAAUCCUGCAGGACAAAGAUGGGCUGAACCAACGCUACUUCCGCAAGCGUGCCCUCUACCUGGCACACUUGGCUCACCACCUGGCCCAAGACCCACUCUUUGGCAGUGUACGCUUCUCCUACACCCAUGGCUGCCACCUGAAGCCCUCCUUGUUGCUGCGGCCAAGUGGAAAGGAUGAACGCCUGGUCACCGUGCGUCUAUAUCCGUGCCCUCCACCCGACUUCUUCCGCCCGUGUCGCUUGUUGCCAACCAAGAACAACGUGCGCUCGGCCUGGUUCCAAGGGCAGAAUCCUCCAGAAGCUGGUAGCCCAGAGCCUCCUACCCCCCAUUAUAACACCUGGGUUCUGCAGGAUACUGCCCUCGAGUCCCAUGUGCAGCUGCUCUCUACUGUGCUGGGCUCAUCCCCAGGGCUAAAGGACGGCGUGGCACUUCUGAAGGUCUGGCUGCGGCAGCGGGAGCUGGACAAGGGCCGGGGCGGGUUUAGUGGCUUUCUUAUCUCCAUGCUGGUGGCCUUCCUUGUGUCCACACGCAAGAUCCACACCACCAUGAGUGGCUACCAGGUCCUGCGAAGCGCCUUACAGUUUCUGGCCACCACUGAUCUUACCACCAAUGGGAUCAGUUUGUGUCUCAACGCAGACCCCAGCUUGCCAGCUCCAGCUGACUUCCACCAGGCCUUCCCUGUUGUCUUUCUGGACCCCUCUGGCCGGCUCAACCUCUGUGCUGAUGUCACUGCCUCCACCUACCACCAGGUACAGCAGGAGGCACGGCUGUCCAUGGCAUUGCUGGACAGCAAAACUGACGAUGGGCUUCAGCUGCUGUUGAUGACUCCCAAACCCAUGGUCCGGACUUUUGACCACCUCCUGCACCUCCGUCCACUGAGUCGCCUACAGGCAGCAUGUCACAAGCUGAAACUCUGGCAAGAGCUGCAGGACCAUGGUGGGGACUAUGUCUCGGCUGCACUGGGCCCACUGACUGCCCUCCUGGAGCAGGGCUUGGGCUCCCGACUGCACCUGCUGGCUCACUCUAGACUUCCAGUCCCAGAGUGGGACAUUAGCCAGGAGCCACCAAAGCACAAAGACGCUGGGACCCUGACCUUGGGCUUGCUCCUCCGACCUGAAGGAUUGACCAGUGUUCUUGAACUGGGUCCAGAGGCCGAUCAGCCGGAGGCUGCUGACUUCCGCCAGUUCUGGGGGUCCCGCUCGGAGCUUCGACGCUUCCAGGAUGGAGCCAUCCGGGAAGCUGUGGUCUGGGAGGCAGCCUCAAUGUUCCAGAAGCGCCUUAUUCCCCACCAGGUGGUUACCCACCUCUUAGCAGUACAUGCUGACAUCCCAGAUACCUGCAUCCACUACACUGGGGGCCUCCUGGACACCCUCAUUCAAGGCCCCAAAGACAACUCCAGCACUGGGGAGGAAGCCCUGGCAGCAGCUGUGCGCUGCUACGACGACCUCAGCCGCCUGCUGUGGGGGCUGGAGGGACUCCCUCUGACUGUGGCUGCUGUCCAGGGGGCACACCCAGUACUGCGAUACACAGAGGUGUUCCCACCAGCUCCCGUCUGGCCAGUCCCCUCCUUCCAUGGGCAUCUCCAAGAACGGGCCUCCUUGUUACCCCGGCCUGAUAAGCCCUGUCCGGCCUAUGUGGAGCCCAUGAGCGUGAUUUGCCACCUGGAGGGCAGCGGUCAGUGGCCACAGGAUGCCGAGGCCAUACAGCGGGUCCGAGCUGCCUUCCAACUGCGCCUGGCAGAGCUGCUGUCACAACAGCAUGGGUUGCGGUGCCGCGCCACCGCCACCCAUACUGAUGUCCUCAAGGAUGGGUUUGUGUUCCGCAUCCGGGUGGCCUAUCAGCGGGAGCCCCAGAUCCUGAAGGAGAUUCGGAGCCCCGAAGGGAUGAUCUCACUGAGGGACACGCCUGCCUCCCUUCGGCUAGAGAGGGACACGAGGCAGCUGCCCUUGCUGUCCAGCGCCCUGCAUGGGCUCCAACAGCAGCACCCCGCCUUUUCUGGCGUUGCCCGGCUGGCCAAACGGUGGGUGCGCGCCCAGCUUCUGGGAGAGGAGUUCACCGAUGAGAGCCUGGAUCUGGUGGCUGCCUUCCUUUUCCUGCAUCCAGAGCCCUUUACGCCUCCCAGCUCCCCCCAGGUUGGCUUCCUCCGAUUCCUUUUCCUGAUUUCAACUUUCGAUUGGAAAAACAACCCCCUCAUCGUCAACCUCAACAGUGAGCUCAGUGUGGAGGAGCAGGCUGAGAUCCGGAGUGGCUUCCUGGCAGCUCGGACCCAGCUCCCUGUCAUGGUCAUCAUUACCCCGCAGGACCGCAAGAGUUCCGUGUGGACGCAGAAUGGACCCACAGCCCAGAUCCUGCAGCGGCUUGUGGUCCUGGCAGCUGAGGCCCUGCCUGUCCUAGAGAAGCAGCUGAUAGAUCCCCGGGGGCAUGGGGACAUCAGGACAGUGUUCCGGCCGCCCUUGGACAUAUAUGAUGUGCUGAUCCGCCUUUCUCCCCGUCACAUACCCCGGCACCGCCAGGCUGUGGACUCACCUGCUGCCUCCUUCUGCCGAGGUCUGCUCAGCAAGCCAGGGCCCUCGUCACUGAUGCCUGUGCUGGGCUAUGAUCCUCCUCAGCUCUACCUGGCACAGCUCAGGGAGGCCUUUGGUGAUCUAGCCCUUUUCUUCUAUGACCGACAUGGUGGGGAGGUGAUUGGUGUUCUCUGGAAACCCACCAGCUUCCAGCCCCAGCCAUUCAAGGCCUCUAGCAUGAAGGGGUGCACGUUGCUGUCUAAGAGUGAGGAGCUGGCGAUGGUCCCCAACAUAGAAGCAAUCCUGGAGGACUUUGCUGUGCUGGGGGAAGGCCUGGUGCAAGCUGUGGAGGUCCGAAGUGAGAGGUGGACUGUGUGAUGCUGACCCCAGAGCAAGCCUGAGAUAGGCAGCAGGACACUGGCAUUCUGCAACAAGAUGUCAACAGGGUGACUACCUUCACUGCAUAAGAACCUUCUGCAGCAAGCCUGAUGUCCUGAUGCCCUGUAAUCCCUAACAGGAGCCUUGCCCUAACUAACUGUCCAGUGUACCAGUGCCAGAAUGAGGACCAUGAUGUCUUAUGGGAACCAACUCAGGACAGUGAGCUGAACCUAGGAAACCUAUUCACCUGUCCACCUGGCCUGGACCUAUUUCAUUUGUUUAUUUUGUGUGUUUUUGACCUGCUUCUCCUGGAAGCAUUUGGAGAGGAUGGCAUAUCCACUUUCCCACUGCCAGGGCCUGUGCAAAGAUCCCAGUGUGCCUUCAACUGCAGUGCCAAGACUUGAGAUGGGACCCAGCAAAGAUGUGGCUCCCCCAAGGGUCCCCGAGCAGGGGCACAGAGGCCAAGUGGACAUGAAUGGACCACAUUGAAGGGGCACAAUGCCCUCCUGUGCUGGUGCUGUUGCUUCCCAGGGAGGAGACAGUGGAAAAGUACAGAGCACAGGAAGGGGCUGGGUCGGGGAGAAGGGUCACCAGGGCACUUUCAAUCCAUAAGGGACUCUGGAAACAUUGGGUGCUAUCCCUGGCCCUGCUGCUCUGCCAUGAUCCUCAAUUUGACCCCCCUGCUCUGCACCUGAGCUAGGUUACAGAGGUGAUGGGCCAUUAUCCUGCUCCCCCAGGCCUCAGGGAGGAGGGAUGAGAGCCACCUCCUUUCCGUGUGCUCCACACCCCCUUUCUGGCAGCCUCUCCCUGCUUCUCUGUCUCUCCUAAUCCUGGCUGUUUUUCCAGAUUCAGCUCAAAUAGUGCCCCUCCUUAGGCCCUGCCCUCACCCCCCAGCCUGAAGGGAUCUUGCCUCGGAAUAGUCAAGUGUGAAUAUUCAUUCAGUUCACUUGGCAGCCACAUCUAGUGGAGUGCACUCUCUUGCAUUGUCUUUAACUUUAAUAGAAAAUUAAAUUGCUUCAUUCUUCCGUG